UUCGGUUCUUAUGUUGUUCAGUCGUCGAGGAAGCCGAUUGCCCAUUUCCUUCCCUUCAGUCAAAAAGAGAGUGGUACGGAAUUCCGCUCUUUACAGUAUCUCUCCUCAAGCCAGGCCAGAGAAACGCAACAGCAAUGGAAACAACGGAAAGGAGCGCCAAAGGAACGACAAUCAAGCUACCGGCAACAAUGUCAGGCUCACGUACCCUGCUCUCAGCGCUAGUGGCAUCUACUCCAAAGCGUCAACCCACACAUCGUGUAAAUGGGGCACCCAGCUGGGCGGAGAAGAGAGGCGCGACGAUAUCGCCAGGCAAGGUCGAUGGGCGACCUCGGUCAUGCGACGAUAUCGCCAGGCAAGGUCGAUGGGCGACCUCGGUCAUGCAGACUACCUACCAGAGCAAGUUCUCUCGAGGGGCUUUGCGAGCUCUGGCAGGCUUCGAUCCCGUCGAAAGGGUCUCGAUCGAAAUAGUGUUUGA